AGGCCAUCGCGCGGCUGCGCGGGCGCACACGGCACGACGCGGACGUGCGGUAUCUGCACGCCGAUGUUGAUGAAUAAACUGGGAUUAGUGUUAUUGGCAUUUUUAUUUCUUUUGUAAGAUGUAUAUUUAGCAAGUUCACUGGUGAUGUAUCUAUUAUAACAUCAGAUGGACUAAGGCUGUUACCAACACCACGAGCCCAACGGUCGAAUGACAUUGUGAUUGUGAGGUACGCCGGAAAGCAGUGGAUGACAUUUGCACAGGACUGGAAAGGAUAGCGUACAUGCCGCCUAUGUACCGUAGAAAAAGGAAUAAUACUACGUAUAGGUAGAACGGCAACUCUCCGCUCCCCACCAACGGCUGAGCUAGGUUUACCCCCUUUUUUAGCCCUACCCCUCUAGGUUUACACAGAUGCACGUGUACGAUAACGUCAAUGUGUAGUAUCUGUGUAAAACGAGGUGUUUUGUAUGAAGUGUUAGGGGUGUUCCUGUAUCCAGCAAUGAGUGAAUACAGGCUGAGUACACACACUAAGUACCUACACAUAGCAACCCCAAUUUGUCCUUUCUGCAUAUCCCGGGCAAUCGGGUGAAACAUAGCAAAUUAUCCAGUUGGCGUCUAAAAAGGCCAUAUCAAAGCAAGUCAUCUCAAUUCUAUUUCAAUAUGACAUUUGCGCGUACAAAAGUAAGCGCGCAAUGUCAAGAAUUGUUAAAUAAGUAGCUAUUUUUCUUUUUCAAGUGAAUUGCUUUAAGGCAUUUUUUACGCCCCUGCUCUAUACUAUAUAGAUAUAUACAUCAACCAUAGAAUAAGUAAUAGGUAAUAAUUACGUAUAGAACGGUAACAACCCCCUCCCGGCGCCCCGCACAUUCCCCUAAAAUCAAAAAGAUUUUUCUAUAGCGCUACUUAUAAGACGUGAACAUAAAAUAAAGUGACAGCCACGGCCCUGAAAAUAUUUUUUUUUUAUCGUCAAAGGCAACACUAUUUUCCAGCUGGCAUCCCCAGAGCGGAACGCGGGCUAGUACAAAACCGUGACCUCGAUUCUAAACGUUACCCCGUUUCCACAAUGUCACGCUUGCUAUGGGGGCAGCCUUCAUGAUACCUUAUCACGAGAAUAUCGACCCACGCCGCCAUGUUACCCGCACAUGCGCAAAAAAUAUGCGGACAGACUGACGUUUCACAGCCCAGUCCACAAGAGAAAAUCCAACAGAACUGUAAAUAAUUGUAAAUAAAUUCUUUUUAAUUUACAAAAAAGUGAUUUUUUCGCGCGUUCCAAUUUUGAAUAAUGUUCUGUGGUAACGGAGAAAAGGUGUUUUAAAAGCGACGGAGUAGCGAAGCGGCGCCAUGAUUGACCCGAGCUCAUCAGAAGAAGACAGUGAUGACGAACACAAGAAGCAGCCGUCAAAAUUACCAGUUGUUCCUCCUGGAGGAUUGGCCGGAGGGAGGCCCUCAGUGAGAGGGAAGCCUGAGCUCCCCAGAGGGUCAACUGCAGGUCUUCCUGGUAAAGGGGUCAGUCCACUGACCACAGCUCCACUAGCUGCUCCACUCCACCCGGCCACCAGACAGCGGGCUGAAGCCGCCCAGAGCGCGCUAGCUCCACCGCCGCAUGCAUCCUUCCUGCGCAGGACAUCGACUGGGAGCGCGAGUUCCGGAGAGGCGCCUGCGCCGUCGCCCAGCCCAUCUGGAGCCAGCCAUUCGGAUAAGGACCAGGAUCCUCAGGAGAAGAUCGAGAAGUUGGAAGAAGACAAGAAGCGUCGUCUGCAGUUGUACGUGUUCGUGUCGAGGUGUGUAGCGCACCCGUUCAAUGCGAAGCAGCCGACAGACAUGACCAGAAGGCACACCAAGCUGACGCCGCAUCAGCUCGAGACUAUACAAGCGCGGUUUCAGGCAUUCCUCAAAGGCGAGACCCAGAUCCUGGCAGACGAGGCAUUCCAAAACGCGGUCCAGUCCUACCAUGACGUGUUCCUCAAGUCUGAAAGAGUGGAACAGAUGGUGAAAUCUGGUGCCUGCUCCCACCACGAUUUUCGAGAGGUUUUCCGGAAUAACAUCGAGAAAAGAGUCAGGUCUUUACCAGAAAUAGACGGAUUAAGUAAAGAAACAGUAUUAACAUCUUGGCUUGCUAAGUUUGACUGCAUCAUGAAAGGAACGGGCAUCCCGGGAGACGACGAUUCCAAGCGGCCGUCGCGUGCGCAGCAACAGAGCCUCAACGCUGAGUGUAUCCUGAGCAAGGAACAACUCUACGACAUGUUCCAACAGAUACUUGGAGUCAAGAAGUUUGAACACCAACUGCUUUUCAACGCUCUGCUUUUGGACUCUGCCGACGAGCAAGCUGCUGCCAUUAGAAGAGAACUAGAUGGGAGGAUGCAGAAGGUCAACGAAAUGGAACGGAAUCGCAAGUUGAUGCCGAAGUUUGUCCUGAAAGAGAUGGAGUCUCUCUACAUCGAGGAGUUGAAGUCCUCCAUCAACCUGCUGAUGGCCAACCUGGAGUCCCUCCCAGUGUCGAAGGGAGGGGCUGACUCCAAAUACGGGCUCCAUAAAAUCAAGCGGUAUAAUCACAGAAAUGCGGGACCAGACCCGAGCCCAAGGCUGAGUAAGCAGCUGUGUUUCAGAUCGCAAGGCUCUCUCGCCAACAAGCUGACCGGGGAAGGCGACAGUGGUGACGUCGAUACUCAACUGACCAAAAUGGAUGUGGUACUCACAUUUCAGAUUGAGGUGGUAGUGAUGGAGGUAAAAGGGCUGAAGUCUUUAGCGCCCAACCGGAUAGUCUACUGCACCAUGGAGGUAGAAGGAGGAGACAAACUGCAGACUGAUCAGGCUGAGGCUUCGAAGCCUAUGUGGGACACCCAGGGUGACUUCAGCACGACGCAGCCACUCCCGGCGGUGAAGGUGAAGCUUUACACUGAGAACCCUGGAGUGCUGGCGCUGGAAGACAAGGAGCUCGGGAAGGUGGUGCUGCGGCCUACGCCGUUGUCUAGUAAGGCUCCUGAAUGGCAUCGUAUGACUGUACCGAAGAACCUUCCGGACCAAGACUUAAGGAUCAAGAUCGCUUGUCGGAUGGACAAGCCGUUGAACAUGAAACAUUGUGGCUACCUGCACGUGAUCGGCAAGGCUGUGUGGCGGAAGUGGAAGCGUCGCUACAUGGUGCUGGUGCAAGUCAGCCAGUACACCUUCGCGCUCUGCUCCUAUAAGGACAAGAAGUCCGAGCCAGCUGAGAUGAUGCAGCUGGACGGGUUCACCGUUGACUACAUUGAACUGGCUAGUGCUCAACUAAUGGUUGGUCAAGAGCUGGAAGGCGCUAAGUACUUCAUGAACGCAGUGCGCGACGGCGAAUCGGUCCUAAUGGGUGUCUCAGACGAGAAUGAAUGCCACCUAUGGGUUAUGGCGUUAUACCGAGCCACGGGACAGAGUCACAAGCCCACUCCGCCAACCACAUCUGAUACUCAUCAUAAGAUUAUGGGAGGUAAAGAUGCCGAUAAGGCUCGCAAACACGGCAUGGAAGACUACAUCCAAGCAGAUCCAUGUCAAUUUGAUCAUCAUCAGUUGUUCUCCAUGCUUCAGUCGCAAACAUUGAAAUAUCGUCUGCAAGAUCCGUACUGUUCUUUGGGUUGGUUUUCUCCCGGACAAGUGUUUGUCCUGGAUGAGUACUGCGCCCGUUACGGGGUGCGGGGGUGCUACCGCCAUCUGUGUUACUUGUCUGAUCUACUAGAUGUCGCUGAAAGCGGUCAACAGACUGUUGAUCCCACUCUGAUGCAUUACUCUUUCGCUUUCUGCGCAAGUCAUGUGCAUGGCAACAGAAUAAGCUCCAUGGAGGAGUCGGUUCACAGUACCACAACGUUGCCUGGCAGGCCAGACGGCGUGGGCAGCAUCACAGUACAAGAGAAGGAGAAAUUUGCGGAAAUAAAAGAGCGCUUAAAAGCAUUGUUGCAGCAUCAGAUCACUAACUUCCGAUACGCGUUCCCGUUCGGACGUCCCGAGGGCGCGCUGAAGGCGACAUUGUCCCUUUUAGAAAGAGUGUUAAUGAAAGAUGUGGUAACACCAGUAGCCCCAGAAGAGGUGAGAGCUAUGAUACAGACGAGUCUCGAGAACGCUGCCUUAUUGAACUACACUCAGCUUAGUCAGAAAGCGAAUAUUGAGGAGGACCUCAGAGGAGAGACAAUGGUGACACCGGCAAAGAAACUGGAAGAUCUGAUACACCUGGCAGAACUAUGUGUAGACCUCUUGCAGCAGAACGAAGAACACUACGCAGAGGUGUAUAACACAAAAUCGGACUCUAGCGGGCAACCAAAUGCAUUCGCGUGGUUCUCGGAGCUGUUGGUAGAACAUGCUGAGAUCUUCUGGGCGUUGUUUGGAGUCGACAUGGACAGGGUACUGGCGGAACAACCCCCUGACACCUGGGACAGCUUCCCCUUGUUCCAAAUCCUGAACGACUACUUGAGGACUGAUGAAAACCUAAAAGGCGGUAGAUUCCAUGAACACCUGCGAGACACGUUCGCUCCUCUGGUUGUGCGCUAUGUGGAUUUGAUGGAGUCGUCUAUUGCGCAGUCGUUGCAUAAAGGAUUUGAGAAGGAACGAUGGGAGAUUAAAGGCAAUGGCUGUUCCACGAGCGAAGAACUCUUCUGGAAGCUCGACGCUCUUCAGGGCUUCAUCAGAGACCUCCACUGGCCAGAACCGGAGUUCCGAUCCCACCUCGAGCAGCGACUGAAACUAAUGGCAUGUGACAUGAUGGAGACCUGCAUCCAGAGAACUGAGGCCUCAUUUCAAUCAUGGCUGAAGAAAAGCAUUACCUUCAUGUCGACGGAUUACAUCCUACCAGCGGAGACCUGCGCGAUGGUCAACGUCGCGUUGGACGCCAAGAAUCAAGCGCUGAAACUUUGCGCAGUCGAAGGGGUAGAUAUUUACCAAUAUCACGCGAAGAUGGACGCUCAGAUAGAAGCGUGUCUCCAAGCAAUGAUGACUGGGAUGACGACAAGACUGUCAGCGGUGCUGGAGGCUACGUUGGCUAAGAUAGCUCGAUUUGACGAGGGCAGUUUGAUUGGAUCAAUCCUGACAAUAGCGAACGUGUCCGGGUCUGGGAAGGACAUCGGCCAGGGCUACGUCAACUUCAUGAGAAAUUCUAUGGACCAAAUUAGAUCGAAGGUGACAGACGAGCUGUGGAUCCUGCAGCUGUUCGAGCACUGGUACGGGAUCCAGGUGGGGCUGAUCAACACCUGGCUGGGAGAGCGGCCCGCGCUGCAUCCACAGCAGGUCGCUUGCCUCUCCAUCAUUUUGAAGAAAAUGUACAGCGACUUCGAGCUACAAGGCGUGAUCGAUGACAAGCUGAACUCCAAGAUCUACCAGAAUGUCGCAUCCAGGAUGCACACCGAAGAGGCUACGUGCAGCCUGCUGCUUGCUCAACAAGACCAAGGCGGCGGCGACGAAGGUUCGGAGGAGGGUUCGAGGAGCGGCAAGUCCAAAUUGGAGGCUCUUACUGAGGAAGCCAAGCUUGGUAAUGUGACGGCUGUCGUCGGGAAGGUGGGCAACAUGUUCGGGCGCGGCAUUGGCGAACUAUCAACGAAACUUGGAGGGGCCUCAUCUUGGUUUUAGCGCAUUUUAGGCCCCACCAAGCUUACACUAACAUUAAACGUACCUUUCUUUGCCUAUACCGAUAUGUCGACAUGAGAGUUCUAUCUGCUUAUCGUUACUGCGCCCCAUUUUUUCCAUCUCGCUUCUAAAAAGUCGAAAAAUAAUAAUAAAAACCAUUCCCACGACACAGUAACGGAAAAGCACCUCUCCAUUCUGUGAUGACUAUAAAAAAUCUUCUUUUGCAUUCGAAAUUCGACUCUAAAAUAUCCGCCAUUUUGAAUUUAUAGUAUUACAAAAACAAAAUGGCGUCUUGUGCGCUAGAAAAAUAAAUAUAAGUGGCCAGUUAAUGCAUAGCUUAGUGUGAUUAAAUUAGUAUUAAAACGAGGUCUAGAUUUUAUUUUAUAAAAAGCUUUAUGUACAGUUAGGAACAUUAUUCAUUUUGGAGCAAGUACCAUGUAAUAGGUGUGUAUAUUAAGAGUAGUAUUUGAUAUCACGAUUGAAUAUAACGAGAAAAUAUAUACGAAUGCAUACAUAAACACAAUGCUACAAUAAUAAAACAUAUCGCUUUCGCAAAAAUAUAAUUACUUUAAAAUAUUAUAAAUUAUUGCGAUGCUAUAGGUAUUAUUUACAAAAUAAUAAUAUAUAAAAAAUGUAAAACGAUUUAUUGGUUGGGGCGGAAUGCGUGAAAUAGAUGGAAUAAAAUCUUUAAAGUUACGUUUAUAAACCUCUUUAAUACUUGUUGAAUCCAUGUUUUCUUGUUGUUCUACUUAAUAUGUUACCAAUUAAAAUAAUCCACCUAUAUUUUAUUUACGUGUGUCAAGCACAGAGUUAAAACAGUGCAAACUACUUCAAUGCAAUCUUUCUGUACCUACUUUUAAGAAAUCUGUAUUUUUCUAAUAGUAUAAUACGAAUCCACUUUUGAAAAUAUUGUUUGAAUCUUGCUAUUAUCUCGUGUUUACCUCGAACUGGCGUUACAAUUUUCGAAUGCAUUUUUAUAAAAAGAAAAUAAAUAAUUAAAAAAAGCGCGCGAAUCGCACAUUAUUUUUCGAGGAAAAUUAUGUUGCCAACAUAAAGAAGAAUCCCAAAUCUAAGGGUAAAAUUUCUCUUUAUAAAAAUGCAUUUUUGAAAUUAUAAAUUAGACUUUUGCUAUAGUAUAAUUCUCUAUAGUUUAAUGCUCUCUAGGUUCUAAUAACGAUCUAGUGAUUGAUUACACUUUACCUUGACUAGUCGUCAUAAUAAUACAUAACUAUUUAUUAAAAAAAUACUAUUAUAGUUAUAUUUGUUAAAAAAAUAUUCUUCUACGCUAAACACCUUACAAAUUUUUGAACUAGAGAAAGUUAAAAGUUCUUAGAUAAAUUUUAAACAUUAAAAUAGCGGUUAGUCGCUAUGCUGAAUCGCCUUAAUAAUGUCUUGUGGGAACGGCGUGAGUCAUAGAUCUUAGAAUGUCAUUUUGUUUCAAAUAUUUCGUAUCUUCUCUUCGCUUUUCCAUUUCCUCUUUUCUUCUUACUUCCUCAAAAUUUGUGAAAUUGACAUAACAUACUAAAUAACGUCCACUUAAAGUACACUUAUUUGCCACGCGUCUAAAACAGUGUUGCCAUAAUUUAAGGGAAGCAGCAAAAUCAGUUAAUUAUUAUAUUUACGAAUUAUUUAUCACACUAGAAAUACAAUAAGGAUGCGUAUAAUGUAACGACACACAUAGGACUGUAAUGGCACAGUAAAAUAUGUAUAAAGAGGAGUAGUGCUCAUUUAUCAUAAAUAUAAAUGCUAGGUAUCAUAGUAAUCACGUACAUUUGUAUAACACUUAUGUUUUUUUCUGGUCUGAAUUUAAUUUAUAAAUUAAUAAUUAAAAUUGAACCAUUCAUGAAUCAAGAACAUAUUUAUGAUUUACUGUGAUGUACAUACAACCACAAGACUAUUUAGAUACAAUUUAAUGGUACUACUGUCAGUACAGGGUGCACUGUACAUCAAUCACCAGCAUUGAAUUUUAAUUUGAAUUGACAGUGUCUAACCGUUUUUAAUCGUAAAAAAACAUUAUAUUACUUAAUGCUUCACUGAUAUCAAAAUAAUUCAACUCUGUCGAUAAAUUAAACUACUUAUAGUAGGUAGGUACAUCGUAAGACAAGUAUCUAAUUAAAAAUCUAAAUAUUGCUGUGGUUGUGUGUCACUGCAGUCGAAUUAAAAAUAAGGAAAACCAUAAAAUUGUGUCAGUUGUUUUAAUAUGUUCGGACUGUUCACAGAUAUUCUCUCAUAAUGAACUCAUUUAAUUAAACUGUAAUAAUUAAAUUGAAGCUGUCAAGUCUGGCAACAUCAAACAUUAUAAUUAUUUCCCAAUUAUCCAAUCAAAACAAAGGAGUAUCUUUAAUGUUGCCAAAUUAUUAAAAGUUGUAACAGUAAUCUAAUACAGUUUAAUGAAAAGAGUUCUUGAUAAUAGUUUUUAUUUAUAUUUAAAAAUAACCUAUUUACGUCCCACCGCAAAAGGGGUAUAGAGCUUACUCCACUUCCAUCAUGCUGUGUUGCUCUACUGCGGGUUCGUGGAUAUUUUUAUUUACUUAUUAUAUUUUUUUUUGUUAUUAAGGAUGUAUUAUGUUGGGUAUCGAGCUCAAUCGAAUGAUGUUGUCAGUCUAGUAGAUACUAAGUGCAUUAUAUGAGCCGACUGAACAUAAAUGCGUAGAUGCUUGUAUUAUUUCGCCACGAUAGAUUAUACUGAACCUUUGCCAUAGCGAGUAUUUAUUAAAAUACUAACUAUAAAAACAAUAAUUUUCACUCGUCAUUUUCAUGUAAUGACGGCAAUAUUAUAAUACUACACUUACGCCAUGAGUAAUGGAACCCCAAAUAAAAAAAAAGACUCCCACCUAUGCCUAAGCAUUAUUCUAAUAUAGCCUACAAGAUCCCACUGCUGGGCAAAGGCUUUCCCCUACUCUUUCUUAUUUACGUUUUUCAACUACAAUUAUCACUGCAGUUAUUUGUGAUCAGAUGAUAAAGGAAGCGAAACGAUUGUAGUUCAACAUGUAAAUACAAAUCCCAUUGCUUGGCAUCUUUUUUCCCAUCGGUUGGUGGGGGUUGGAUACUUCAACCGAGUAAAAAAAAUAGCUCCUUUCCUAUUAAAUCCUAAAAUGACCCAACUGGAAAUCGAGCCCAGGACCACAAGAGCUAUUAUUACAACUCACUAUGGCAAGAUUUCAGGGUUGCUUUGAAAAAGCCAUCGAGUGCAUCGCGAGUGUAAGGGAUACAAUAAAAAAAUAUUUACAAUAAAAAUGUUUACUGUUC